AUGGUCACCCUGAUCCUGGAUUCGAUGCUGGCGCACGACCCGUACACCCUGCCGCUGGCCACGGUCUACAAGGCGACCGAAAACUCGCAUCCAGCCGCUCUGUCCAUGAUGACCGCCUGGCGCACGAUCACCGAGGCGGGCCCCCCCAGCCUUCUCGCCCUCGACAGCAGGCAGGGGACGGCCUAUUUUGCCCUGGACGUCAGCGAGGGCAACGCCGCCAGGGAGACCAUCCUCCGCGGCCGCAUCAAGGUGGUCGACAUGGAUGAGAUGGAAUCCGAGGGCGUGAUGCCUCUGCUGGCUCCCUUUGGAGCCACAGGCGACACGCUGGAAGUGCUGCAGUUUUACGACGACGCGCUGCAGGCAUGCAGAUCAAUGUUUACCUGA